AUGCGUGGCGGCGCUUCGAGACCGCCGUGCUCGCCGUGGUCAACAAGAUCCAGCCCACCUCCGCCUCUGAGGAACUCCGCGCUUGCCUGCGCGCGACCAUGGUGGCUCAGGGAUGCUGCUAAAGCUAUUCCUAGGGCUCAUGCUGCUCGGUGUGAGCGGAGGGCGCGAGGGAUGGGCCGGAUCUGUGCGGCGGCGGCGGCAGCGGCUCGCGCGUGCGCCUGCGGCGGCGGCGGCUGCUGCUCACCCACGCGCCUGCGAGAGCAUGGCAAGCAGCCAACGACAGCGCAUGCUCGGCUCAAAAUGAAAGGCGUACUUCAGAUUAAGGGGGCAUCAGGGCGUGAAAAGAAGGCUCCUAAGGAACUCGAGAGCGUCUUAAACCGAUAUUUUGGAUAUUCGGAAUUUCGCGGAAAACAACUCGAAGCUAUAGAAGCUGUUCUAUCAGGAAGAGAUUGCUUUUGUUUGAUGCCAACUGGUGGUGGAAAGUCGAUGUGCUAUCAGAUUCCAGCUCUGGUGAAGACAGGCAUUGUUCUUGUCAUUUCACCCUUGAUAGCACUAAUGGAGAACCAGGUUGCCAGCUUGAAAAAUAAAGGGAUUCCAGCUGAAUUUCUCUCUUCCACACAGGCAUCUCACACUAAACAAAGGAUACAUGAAGACCUUGAUACUGGCAAUCCUUCUUUAAAGUUGCUAUAUGUCACUCCUGAGCUUGUUGCAACAUCAGGCUUUACGGCAAAGCUAAAGAAGCUCUACAACAGAGGUCUUCUUGGUCUUGUUGCUAUUGAUGAGGCUCACUGUAUUUCGACUUGGGGCCAUGAUUUCAGACCUAGUUACCGCAAGCUUUCAUCAUUGAGGAAGCAGUUCCCGGAUAUCCCUUUGUUAGCUUUAACUGCAACUGCUGUCCCGAUGGUCCAGAAAGAUGUGAUAUCAUCACUGUGCCUGCAAAAUCCAGUAAUUCUUAGAGCUUCAUUUAAUCGACCCAAUAUAUUCUAUGAAGUUCGUUACAAGGAUCUUCUUGAUGAUGUUUACUCUGAUAUAUCAAAUUUACUGAAGUCAAGCGGAAAUGUCUGCUCAAUUAUAUAUUGUCUUGAACGGGCAGCUUGUGAUGAUCUAAGCAUGCAUUUGUCACAGCAUGGUGUCUCUUCUGCUGCUUAUCAUGCUGGCCUAAAUAGCAAAGUGCGAAGUUCUGUUCUCGAUGACUGGCUUUCAUCCAGAACUCAAGUUGUUGUUGCAACUGGUAUUGAUAGACAAGAUGUACGUAUUGUAUGCCACUUCAACUUGCCUAAGUCAAUGGAAUCCUUCUACCAGGAGUCAGGUCGAGCUGGUCGUGAUCAACGACCUUCAAGAAGUGUUUUGUAUUACGGAUUAGAUGACCGGAGGAGAAUGGAAUUCAUUUUGAGAAACCCCAAAACUAACAAAUCCCAGCCGUCUUCCUCUUCAAAUGAGCUUUCUGAGAAGGCUCUAGCUGACUUCAGUCAGAUUGUUGACUACUGUGAAAGUUCUAGCUGCCGGCGAAAAAAGAUCAUUGAGAGCUUUGGAGAGAGAGUUCAACCAACUUUAUGCCAACGCUCAUGCGAUGCUUGCAAGCACCCAAACUUAGUGUCUUCACGUCUGGAGGAACUCCGUCGUGUGCCCAACUGUCGCUUUAAUGAGAUUUCCCCAGUGUUUCAAAGCUCAGUUAAACCAGCACACUUGGACACAGAAUUCUGGAAUCGGGAAGAUGAGGCAAGCAUAUCGGCUGAAGACAUCUCAGAUUCUGAUGAUGGGAAUGAGGUUGUGAGUAAUAUAGCCAUUUCAAAGGUUCCAGCAAAAGCUGGUCUGGAUGCAAAAUUUAAAGCCCUGGAGCGUGCUGAAAAUGCUUAUUACCAAGGCAAAGGUCAGACCAAGCAGCAGGGUGGUGGCCUUGCUGACAAGAAGAGCAUCUCUCAGACGCUAAGAGAUGCAUGCCGGAAAAGAUUGUUGGAUGCUCUUGGACAAGCAAAGCUGCAACUUGGGAAUAUCCCGUGCAACGACGAGGCUUCUGCUACACACCUUGAAACAGAGUGCUUCAAAAAAUAUGAGAAAGUGGGCAAGACGUUCUACAACUCACAGAUUGCUGCCACAGUUCGGUGGCUGUCAUCGGCAACAUCCAGUCAGAUGCACGACCGCCUCCAUGCUCUUAUCGACCAAACUAAAGAUGAUGGUACGUCAGGCUCCCCCGACAUUGUCCCAGAGUCACCUCCAGCAUAUCCUAAAAUCGUUGGCACAAGGCCAGGAGAAACCAGUAGCUAUGAAGCCGACGACAAACCACAGCAUAUUUGUGAGUUGGAGAAGAGGGGGCAUUCAGAUGAGUCUGCAAAGUGUGCUGCGGCUUCGACUGGGAACAUGGAGCUCCCCGCGAUACCAACUGGGAACAUGGUGCUCCCCGCGAUACCAACGUUCAGAGAAUUCUUGAGCCAAAAAGGAACGGAUCAGGCAAAGAGCUAUUCAAAUUCCCAGCCAUCUGGUAUUCGUAGGAAGUCUAGUGGUCAGGUUGAUAAGGAAGAAACCAGCAAGAGGAUGAAAUCAUGA